AUGCUUUUCCUCAACGUCUUCCAUUGGUCUAGAUUUGUGAUCAUGUUGGUUAUGAAUGUGCUUACGCCUAUAUACUUUGGUGCUUUCUUCUAUAUCAAUCGUCAGGCGAACAAGAGGACUGUCAAGGGCACGAAGGAUGACGAGACGCAGAACUCAGCUGAACUCAACUUGAAGUCCCUUGUGGGUGUUUGCAAAUAUGCGGGGUUCAUCAUUUUCAACUUGGUCGCUGUGUACUUUCUUGAGUACUUCAUACAGUCCGGCUUUAUGGACCGAGCUUCUAUCAAUGUAGAUAAAGUGCAUUCUGCAUAUAUUGCUGCUAACUCCUAUGAGAUGAUGUUAAUAGGCUACAACGUUGGUGUGACCAUAUCGAGAGUGUCUGUGACUUUCUUCCGCAUAAAAUGGGUUUGGUUGCCUACUGUUCUCCAGGCAUGCAACGCCAUCUUCUGGGGUUUCGAGGCUACUACCCACUUCAUCAGGAAUGGCCUUGGCCUGGCGGGUUUCUAUCUAUACAUACCGUUAGCAGCCGUCAUUGGUCUAAUGGGCGGGCUCUCUUAUGUCAACUGUAUGUAUCAGAUACAGGGUAAGGAGGAUAUCCCCAAUGACCUCAGACAGCUGUCGGUCAACUUGGGCUUUGCUGCUACUAAUAUUGGUAUCGUGCUUGCUAGUGGUUUGGAUUUGUGGUUGGCCAAUACAGUGCUGAGUCAAUGCAAGAUAUACGACUGUAGUGAGCCUCCACAGAUCUACAACUAA